UCCUGGCGGUUCGCUGAAGUUUUUACAAGCAAACUACCUGUACAAUCUGAAGAGGUGUGAUGCCUUUGAGGAGUAUUUUGUCGUAUUUCGCAUUGACCAUCGUCCUGAGGUCCUGCGUUGUGUGUGAUGGACUCUCUGGUGAAGCGGAGGAGGAAAGACCUGCAGCAGUCCCAGGCAGUCACCACCUCAGCCGGGUGGGGUCUGGUCGGAAAGGUGAACCUGGUUCACUUCGCUUUUCAUAUGACCAAAAGGGAGACUUCAAUUCCACCAAUGCGUUGCACUCUGCAAAGCUUAAGCGCCUGGCUCCAUCGGUGAAUUGUGGCAGCAACCAGAUGACCCUCUCUGUCAAACGGAGAGGAACUCAUCAUUUUCUCAUCGACAGCGCAGGUGAGGAGCCUCUUACUCCUCUGUCCCAGGUGCCCUCUACAUGUGGCUUUUUUGUGAAGCGAUCCCGCAGAGAUGUGCAGUAUGCGGUCUCCUAUCAGGGCUGUCAUGUUAACAAGCAGGAGGAUGAAUAUUCCUUACCGCUGCGAUUAUGGGGGGAACCGAUGACCAUGUCCUGCCCUGGUAUGUUGCCACUGCCUUCCAUUUUCUGCUUUCCAGACAAGAUGGUGGUGACGAUUCGCGGCGUUCCAGCAAAUGAACUCAAAGUAAAAGUGUCUGGGACAUGGCAACCUUCGUCAUCAGCAUGCAUCAGCUGCAGGUUGACUUUUAAUGAGUCUUUUGGUGAACUGACGCUCAUCGCACCUUACAACAAAGACUUGUGUGUGGAGUUCAAGGAUGGGGAGUACUUGCUCUCUCUGCAGUGGGCAGAUUUUGAACUGGCAGCAUCUUGUCCUCCAGUACCAAACCCUGACCUCACCACAGGAAGAGCUGCGCCCUCUAUUGACAGCAACAAAGCCCUGCAACUUCAGUUCCCUCAAUUGCCAAUAUUUUCGCAGUUCUUGGAAUCAACACAAAGUCCUGGGUUUGUGGCUCCGUUGCCGUUUUCCUUUGUUGCUGCAGACUUCUCUGAAAACCAAAAGAUGCCAGAAAAUCAGAACUCUCCUUUACUGCCCAACUUCUUUUUGUUUCCUGGAUCUGAAUCACCAGCGCAUCCUACCAGAGAUGGAAAUGCACACACAAGUCAGCACCAGUUACCUCAGACACCACUGUCUCAGUAUCCAGUUCCACUUUUCCAAGAAUUCCCCAUGAUGUCUGGAGUUUUUCUGCCAACAACAACCCCCUUACCACUUCCUGCAACAAGCGCAGAGGCUAUUGUGACCACACCUGCUCCAACAGGGAGUGAGAAGCCUUCUCUGCAGCCAGAGUUUCCAGCGCUGUUUCAGUAUCCCUUCCCAUCGUUUUCUAAAUACCCACAAUCUCCACAGGAACAAACUGCAGAUGAUGCAGAUUUCAAACCACAGUACCUCCAUCCUCAGGUCUUCCAGAUCCCCAUGUUCUAUCCUUUCAAUCAUCUUUCCCAGUUACAAAAUGCUCCUGCUCCAGUGGCCUUCACUGACCCGCCUCCUUCUGAAAAGCCUUUAUACCAACAACACCGUUUUAUACCCGUUUAUGUUGUGCCCAACCCAAUCCUCCCAAUCGCUGGGAUUGGAUUAAGAAAUCCUCCAGUCAUCGCUGGAGGAUUUCUUAAUCCUCCAGCGAUGACUUCUUCACACCUAGUUCCAUCAAGUCAGCAGGAGCAUCAACACUUCUACCACGCCAUGCAGCCAUUUUACCCCUUCCUCUCUGAUCAAAGUCAAACUGCACCAACAAACAUCUGACCGGGUUCUGCUGAGCUCCAGAACAUCUCAGACCAUCAUGGAUUGGUUUACUGUCACUGAUUUCUGCUGCGGUAUCCUCUGCUGAUUACUAAACUACUGAAUAAAAGUGUUUGAGGUCAGACAACUUGCAAGAAAUUAAAAACAAAAUUUACUUUCAUCUGGAAAA